GAAAAGGAAAAAACAUGUAUUGUUGACAAUAGUUACUCUACAAACAUAUUUGUAGUUCAAUCAACCACUUUGUACUAAAAAAACUGACCCCGACAGCUGUAUAUCACAUCAGGCACAAACAUGUUUAUUCAGCCUGGGUUUAGUAUUUCUCCUCAGGCUAAUUUUAGAGAACUCUGGUGGGGAUUGGGGUGUAUCCCCGACCACAGAGCCAACAGGAAGGAAGUCAACAUUAAAACACACUGAGCAAACUAAAAGCUGCUUCUUUGUUUAUAUCCGCAUCUGACAAAUUAUUUCCCAGCCAUCUCAUCAUGGGUUGCAGAAGUAAUUCAGUGAAAAAUCCCCAGUUGUUAAUUAUAUGAGAGCAUUUCUUCUGUUUUGUGUGUGACCCCAUUGCAGUAUAUGAACUAGAUAGACAUUCAUGCACUUGAGUCGUGAGGUGCAUGACAUGGUGGUAAAACAGGAAAAAGAAAUACAUUUUUUUGUUUCGUAUAUGCUCGGUAAUCAAUAUUCAUUUAAAUAAAAGGGCACCAUCUUCAAAGAAAUGAUCCAGUUCCAAUAAUACAUCCAUGAGCCUCAAAUUAAUAAAAGCCAAAUCACUUGAUACAAUUAAAAAAUAACCUAAACCACUAUAAAAUGACUUGUUACAGCUGCUGAUGAGCAGUGUCCUCCCACCCCGGUGAGUCAGUGGGCAGUUACUGACGCAGGCUAAAGGGAAUUUAGUUUUCAAGCCUGGACAGGAAACGUGCUCACUGCUCCGAACAAACACACAAGUGUCCCAGAUACACUAGCGGGAAGCUGAGCUUGACUAUACACUGUUAUCAGUUCUACUGUUGCACUGCAGAGAUGAAAAACAGCAAAUUUCACCGGUGGAGAACUCCGUAACAUAUAGUGAAAAGAAGCUAAACCUAGAAGGUUGGAGACAAGGAACCCUUGGAGAACUCUGGGAUAUAGACGGGAGCAGAAUAUGGCCAACCUUCUGCCAGGACUACUCAUUUGUUUGUUGGCCGUGCAGACCAUUCAGCAUGAUGGAAAUAGAACCUGGACCAAGACCAAGACCAAAGGCCCACCUGCGAUACCCAAAACCUUCAGGGGAAGAACAAGCAAACUUAAUCACACAAACUCUUGGUUGAACGUGACCUCAGAGGACCAAGUGACAGCCUAUACCACAGGGCUCCUCAGUACCUGGGUCAUACCGUCGUCAUACAUCCUGGCCAUGUUGGUGGGUAUCCCCUCUAACGGCUACAUCCUGACCUUCCUCAGACUCAAAGCAAAGUCCUACUCCACAGCAGUUCUUUACCUGAACCUGGCCUUGUCCGACCUGCUGCUCCUGCUUUCCCUGGCACUGCGAGUUCACUACCACUUCAAUGGAAAUGACUGGAUAUUUGGGGAAAUCUCCUGCCGGCUUUUCACAGCCUUGUUUUACGGCAAUGUUUACUGCUCAGCUCAAACUAUAGCGUGCAUUAGUCUUAAGCGCUAUCUGGCUGUGGUCAAACCGUUUUUAUACAGAAGGCUGGCUAAGACUACGCUGGCAGUGUGGGCGUGCUUGGUUGUAUGGUUCCUCUAUGGGGCCGCUAUUGUGCCUGAGCUUCUGGUCAAACAGAGUUACCACCUUACCCAGCUGAGAAUCACAACCUGCCAUGAUGUGCUUCCCCUAGAUGAAACAUCCCAUUCCCUGCUGGUGCCAUACAGACUGAUGCUGGUUGUCCUGGGCUUCAUAGUGCCUUUCCUGAUUUGUAUCUAUGCCCAUGUGGCAGUGGUAUACCACCUUGGGCAAUCUCACUGUGACUGGAGACCGUUUAUCAGAGUCAGCACUCUGGUUUUUGUCAUCUUUGUGGUGUGUUUCUUGCCCAGCGGCAUCCUGCACUUCGCCCACUACAUCCGCCUGUUUUGUAAAGAGGACGGCAGAUUGUAUGGAUACUACAGAGUAGCAGUGUGCCUCUGCUGCUUUCACAGUUGUCUGGAUCCCUUCCUGUGUAUGCUCAUUUCCAGAACAGCAGCCUCAGAACUACAAUUCAUCUCCUUCCACGGGAUGCCUCAGAGGCCAGCUGUUAUGAUGUGAGACAGUGUGUGUGUGUGUGUGUACAGAAAAAGCAUCUCCUUGCUUGACCAUUGUUUGUAAACAGCAGGGAAGCACAAGUUCAGAAGCAAAGAUGUGAAAGUUAAAACUGGACGAUGUGAAUAUAACAGACCAAUACUGCAAUCUGAGUUAGGUCCAAAACAACCUCAAGAUAUCUAUGAAGUCAGUGUCUGCACCUCUGGGAAUAGCAGGAUGAGGAAAGGAACAUUUACACUGUGAAAGCUAAACAAGCCUUUUCAUGUUAAUGCAGCUAAAUAUCAGAUUGUGACACGACACUGUUGGCUUGCUGACAGAAUCAGAGCACGGUGACAACUAUAAACUUUUUCUCCCUACCUUGUAAUAAAGUGAAAAUUAAAUACAAGCAAGCUCCAUGUAUAAUAUGUACAUAAAUGUUUUGCAAUGACGCAGGAGAAAUGUCAGCGAGGGAUGUCAAAUCUAAUAAAACUAAAGGAUUAAUAUGGGAUGAAUCUUUUAGAAAUCAACUUGAUUUAGAGUUA